ACCGUGGCGGGGCACAGAGAUCAGAGGGAGCAGGUGGUGUUUCACCAUCGCUCCGCAGCCCUGUCACCCGUCCUCCCACCACGCCAGCACCCGCCCAGCCCCGCUCGCUGCCCUACAAUUACUGGGGCGGGGUCUGCCCUCCCCGCCCCACACCUGGCCCUAUAAGAGCCGUGGUGGGGGACAUGCACACAACCCAGAGGACACGGGCUGGGAUCCUGGAGGCUGACGGAUUUGCAGGCUCGGCCAUGGCCCACACAUCCAGACCUGCCUUCAGGGGGGCUGAGGGUCCCUGGGGACGCCCGCAGCAGUCCCCACGUCGCCGGCACCCACUGGGUGUCACGGCGGAGCUGAGCGUGGGGACCGGGGACAUGGCGGAGCCUGUCAUCGACCCCGACAUGGUGGCCUUGUUCGAGGAGUUCCUGGGGAAAGCAGAGGCCUCGGAGGGGGUGACGAUGGCCGGGGGGUCGCAGCCCCCGGCACAGCCCUACCACUACGUGGUGCGGGACACGGAGCAGAAGGGGCUCUGCCUCCGCGGCGGGUGCCUGGUGGCCGUCAGCCUGCAGGGUGCCAACGCCGCCCAGGAAGAACCCAUCAGCGUGGUGCCCAACCGGCACCUGGAGCGCCGGCGCUGCCCCCUCUUCGUGGGCAUCCGCGGGGGCACCCAAGCCCUCUCCUGCGGCACCGGCCCCCAGCCCCGGCUGAAGCUGGAGGAGGUGGGGCUGCUGGACCUGUUCUCGUGGGACCGGGAGGCGGCCACCCCCUACACCUUCUACAAGAGCUUUGGGGGCUCCACGCACACCUUCGAGGCGGCCGCCUUCCCCGGGCACUUCCUCAGCACGGCCCCGGGGCCCGGGGAGGAGCUGGCCCUGGCCCCCCCCCACGCCAUCACCACCUUCUACCUGAUCCGCAAGUGACCACGGCGCCCCGGGGGGGUGGCACCCGUGGGUGGGGGUGUCCUCCCCCUCCGCCAGCCCCCCCCGGGCGGGGGAAUAAAGCGAUGGUGUUUGUCA